UGGAAUAAAUUUCGUUCGUGCAGUGAUCUUUUUUCAAAUUUUUUAUAUGGACAAAACACCAAUCGCACGUAUUAAAUCGGAGCCCGACCUCGAGGAGGAAAUUCCGCGUUUCGUUGCAUCGGCUUCCGGCAUACCGGCUUCUGUCGAAUUGGUAGACCUAACCAACGACGAGUACUUCAGUGAGUUCAAAAACUUCCUGGACAACAUUCAAGAUCACCGGACACAGGCCGCCAAGAAGCGAACCCGCCAGCUGAAGCACGUUUCCGAUGUGAUGGCACUGCAAGUGGCACACAUUCAGCUGAUCAGCUUCUACCAAGAGUCGUACGUAUGCUCCCUGUUCGGUAUCGAUUUCCGGAAUGUUAUGGUGUAUGGAAGGAUAAUCCCUGGAACGGUGAAGCACGAAAACAACACACAGAUCUACAAGUUGGAUGAUGGCUCGGGAAUGGUGGAAGUUUACUAUGCUCACGGAUUGAAACGAGACAUUGAUAACCUGACCGCGGUGCAUUCCUGCGAGAACAUUCUAACGACUCGCACCCCGCUCAACGAGGAACAGGUCCCGAAAGAUGCCCAGCAGCUGGCCAACUUGAAACUGCUUCUAGCCUUGGUAAAAACUCGCUGCCAGCAACGGUUGCAGUACUUUCCGCUCGGAACUCGGUGUUUUGCCAUCGGGAGACCUUUCAUGAACCGGCACGAUCGGGUGUCGCUGUACGCUUACAGUAUGCAUGCCGAUGGCGACGGCUUGGUGCCAGGCGAGACGGCUGAAAUCUUCUGGAAGACCCACCUGGCCCUGUGCUAUGAGCAGAAGUACGCAAGUGAUUUGUUUCGGUGACGAUUUCUUGAGAUUUUU